UGACAGAAGCAACUAACUACCUAGUAUUUUUCAGUAAAUUGCGCUAUACUACAUAUUGAACUCAACACUGACCUUCAUCUUUGUUUUCUUUGUUUACAUGAAAAUAAACGAUUAAUAUUAAUAUGAGUUCAGACUCUACAGGUGAAAAACAUUCAUCACUGACAUUACGACAAUUAUUUUGGUAUCUGGUCAUGUUUUUCUGAAAUGUUUAAAUAUAGAAAUGAGGUUUUAUUUAAUGCUAACUGUUGGGAAAUCUGCAGACACAAACAGACAGUUAAACAGCUAAAUGUGUAUUUAAGGUGUUUUCUUUCAUGAAAACCAUGUUUUCUCAGUUUCCAGCAACAAUGCAUGCUGGGAAGUCUGUUAAUGUGCUGACGAUGUUUCCUUCAAGCCAAAAUAACUUUAUUUUUUUUAAUUUUAAGUUGAAUAAACUUGAAAUACUAAGUUAAUGUACCGUUAAACAACCGUGGUCAGUUAACAUGGCUGCAGUGUUUCAGUGGUUUUUGUCGUGGUAACCCUGCGCUCUGUCGCCCCCUGCAGGUCAAUCCAGUAACCACAGCUACUGGGAGCAGCAGCACAAACAGCUGAUGCAGAGUCUGUCUCCGGCGCUGCUCGAGGACUAUGGCGAGGACUAUGUGACCGAGACCAAGGAGCUGUUCCAGGACCACGCCCGCCAGGCCAACACCGACCUCAGCCCCGUCAUUGACUCCAUCGUCCAGGCGCUGCUAGCGCCACAGCCGCAGGCACGUUACUUCGCGGGGCCUGGCAUCGGCCUUAUGUACUUCAUACACAGCUACUGCCCCUUCAGCAUCAGCAACCGCUUCCUCCAGAAACUGUUUGUGAAGAAGACCCUGAUGCCGCGCGCUCUGAGGAAGCAGUCAGGCUUUGACCUGAACCUACACAACAACAACAACAACGAGGAGGAGGAGAAACUCAAGUAGCUGUGAGACGUAGAAACAUGCCAAUGGUUUCAGAUAGAGGACCACUCGUGUAACGCACCCUAGAGCUGUAUCCUGUCCUUUUGUAUGUGGUGUUUUUAAACUGUUGAAGGGAUCAUCACCAAAACGGUUUCUGUUUGUUUCUGUAUCGCCUAACCCCACCCGCCCCCCGAGGACACACCUGGAGGUCAGGGGGUGGAGCCUAGUAGAGGUGGAUCAGUGAGAUCAGCCGUACUGUACACACACCAAGAGAGUCGCACUGACUUCAUGUGCCUUCAUCACAACAGAGAUCAGCCGAGAGAAACCGACACUGCAGCAGCUGGUUUCUGACGGCCGAAACAUAUUCAAACAUCCAAACACCCCAUCGUCAGUGACAUCAGUAUGUCGUCAGUAUUACAACAUCAGACCCAACUGGCCAAAAUGGUUCAGCAAGUUCCAUCCAAAGACACCGGUCAGACUCCAGAUGCCGACUGAGCAGUUUGAAAUAAAUCCACUUAAACGUACAGAAAGUAAUUUCACAUAGUAAAACAAUGGCAGCUCUCCUGCUCACACAGGAUCUGGUAUUCCAGAUAAACAGUAAAAUGUGUUUGUGAAGAGAUUUGAGGAGAGAAAUAGUCAACAACAGAAUCUGGAUCCAUAUCUUAUCAAGCACCGUUUCGACAGUUU